AUGCUGAAUCUUCAUACCUUGUAUUGUCCCGCCGAUCACUUCUCGUGGAUCAUGGUCCUCGCCCUACUCCUGCUCCGCCUCGGCUCGACGUGCAUUCGGCGGCGGCGGGUCUCGCAACGAAGCCGGUCUUGCGAGUGGGGGUGGGGGCCGCAAGAGUCGAGAGUCAGGCGUCGGCGUGCUUGCCAGUGA